AUGGGGUACUCUGGUGGGAAUCGGAGUGGUCCGGAUCGAAGUCGAACGACUUCCUGGUCAUCCAUCUCAGAAAGGGGACGGGUGAAUGUUGCGGUGAAUCUCGGAAACGACACGCUGAAAUCUGUGACGACAAACUUCGCCGUGGUCAACGGAAAAUGGCAUCGAGUCGCUGUUGAGAGGCGAGAACAUCGAACUACAGUGAUCAUCGAUGACAAAGUGACGACAAUAAUUUCAUCUCCUAAUGCCAGCCACCUCAACACGAAUGGUCUCGUCUAUCUAGGUGAAAAAGCUUCUUCAAUUUAUGGAAUUAGACCUAAACAUCACCCGUUGAGUUCACGUUUCAAAGGAACAUUCGUCGGUUGCAUACGAAGGUUGCGGAUCCGUGGAGCGACAAUCGAUCUCCUUCACGACGUCAUCUCGUCCACUUCUCCUCCGACUCCUGUUCUAACUUGCCCAACAUCUGCUUUUCGUUAUGACCCUAAAACGGAUCUAGUGUCCAUGUUAGAAAGGCUAGCAGCUAGUAAGGAGGAGAAAAUGAAUCACGGCUAG